GACGAGUGGACAAGAAGUACUCGUAAAGAAGACUGCUCUUUCACAAAGCCAAAGCACACCAGAUGAGACGACAACUCCGACUAGCGCAACAUCUCCUCAGCUGCAAACUACAGACAACGGUGGAAACUACAUGAACAAGAAUCAAAAUCAAAAUGUGACAACCUUUUCCUCCAGAAAGCAAUCACUAUUCUCGCGGACUCCAGCAACGCAACUUGGCGAGAGGAUAGACGCGUUGCUGAAUCUAACGAUCGGGGAUGUAGUGGAGAGUAGAGGACCCUCCUCGAAGAAAUCCCAGCAGUGGGCACCAGGCGAAGGAACCGGCAUCGAAUAUCUAGGAAGGAGACGGGGUACGAGGAUUGUUUUAGAUCAUGAUCACGAUAUGGGUAAGUAGGCUAGAGAUACAACAGGUAGAAGUAGAACGAACGACUAGAUAGAGUAGAAGUACCGAAGUACCAUAUAAUACUGCUGAAAGAAACUACAUAAUCAUGAUGAUUUUUUGAAAAGUGAAACGUCUCCCUUAUCUAACAUUAACAGAUUCCUAUUCACCGACAUCGCAUCGCCGUCUUAGUUCGGAAUCCCCUGGUCGGACUCCUCGACUAAGUCCUAAUGACGUUCUAGACGAGUCGCACCACAAGUUCCACAACGACCAUCAUUUUCGCGCAGUCAAACCUAGCCCUUUGCCACCAUCUGACGGCGGGGAGCUCACAGGUCUAGUGUCGAUUUUGUUAUGGCUUGAAGAUGGGCUAGCAUUUCUUUGUACCUCAUUCACUCUCGUCUCCUUCAUGAAGUUGAUAAACAACGCACUCCUGAGAUCCAUGUGCUGCUGAAGACUUUUACCUCUUCAAAAUGAUGUGUGAGAAUUUUUAGCAGUGCCGCUGUCUCUCUUGUGCCAGCACAACUGACAACUCUAAUCGGAGCCGACUCUGUUCGAAAGUACGCUCCAGACGAAGCCGCAUUGGCCUUAGACACCGAAGCUUUGUGUAUGCGAGUCGCGGAAAUCGAAUCAGAGAGCAAGACCCUAGAGCAGAGUAUUUUGGAGCUCAACUCACGCGUGAAUGAACUAGUCGAUGUCGACGACGAGUUAAACUUGUUAGAUGAGGAUGGAGAUGAAGCCGUUUACCCCACAACUCGGUUGAUGGCAGAUGCCAGGCGUGACUUGGUGACGUUACCGGGACCCAGUGUGGAUGAGACGUAGGGAAGAGGAUGUUGGAGGCAACUAC